AUGUCUGAAACCGCGAGGGCCGACACCGGGCCCAGGAAAGCCUCUGUCAACAAGAACAUCAAGAAGCUUCGUACCAUUAGCAUGGUGUGUAGCCUGGCGCGCAGCUGGCAACAGUGGGUCAGCGAGAACGAGGAGAAGCAGGCGAACGAACCCAGCGGCUGGGCUCCAGCCAGCCUGGACGAUCCCGGGGAUGCCCGCAAACCGACGCAAGCCGGAGGGCAAAAGCCAGCAGAGAAACCUCGACCCGUCCAGGCAGCCAAGUCUCAGGCACCCGAGACAGAGAGCUCGGAGGGAGACCCCACGGCCGAGUCGCGAAUCAAGACCAAGCAGGUGGUGAAGACGGUGAAACGGGAAGCGCAGGAACGCAGCGCCGGCAUAGAGUUCCUGACCCACCGGAUCUGUAAGGACCCUGCUGAGGAGGAGCUGGACAAGAUGCUCAACAAGAGGAGCUCCCCCACCCGACGCAGGAAGUGCUCCAACAUGGUGUCAGAGCUGAAGAAGAGUCUGAAUGUGGCAGAGAAGAAGAAGAAGCAAGGUGGAGAGGACGGAGAGGAUGGCGGCAUCUCUGAAGAGGAAGACGGCGGUUCAGAGAAACCAGGAGAGGACGAAAACGAUGACUCCUCGUGGAACAAGAUCAAAAGAGCUUCUGUGAUAGGGACUAAAACGGAGGGAGAAGAUGCCAGCAAACUCAACCAAAUUUCCAAAAACUACAGCGCAGUAGGUAACCUGAAGAGCCGCUGGCAGAGCUGGGCCUCGGAACACAGCACCAACCAGAAACUGAAUCCUUUCAGUGAGGAUUUUGACUAUGACUACUCGAUGUCCACGCGUUUGCGUAAGGGAGAUGAGGGUUACGGUCGCCCCAAAGAGGGCAGCAAGACUGCGGAGAGGGCCAGACGCGCCGAAGCCCAUAUCCAACGUGAGAUCGAUCACCUGUGCUUUGUUAUUCGUACCAUGACUGACCCAGACCCUGACGGUUUAACACGAGUCACGUUCGGUGAGCUCUUUGACAGAUAUGUCCGUAUUUCGGACAAAGUGGUGGGUAUUUUGAUGAGGGCACGGAAGCACGGCAAAGUGGCCUUCGAAGGAGAGAUGCUUUGGCAGGGCCAAGACGACGGAGUCAUCAUCACACUGCUGGUGUGA